UAACGAAAAGGGUGAACUAAGCCUUGAUCCAAGUUCUUGAUAAGGGAAGGGUAGAAGAAGGUUUUGAAAGGCUUUGAGAGAUAUUUAACAUAGUGAAUUGUCUCAAACGUUUCUAACAUCAUUUGACUAUGUUAGAAAAAGAAUAGAACAUUUGAUUAUUAGUUUUAUAUUGUAAUGGACUAAUGGUGCUUCAGCAACAUCCGAUUAGUUAGUCCAAUCGAUGGAAGGAUUAAGGAGGAUUAUUUUCUAUUACGAAAGGGACCACUUUGUUACAUAUUUAUACUUCAGGCAUUUAUAAUAACAUCUCCUAUAUAUUUGGUUGCCACCAUGGGCACAUUGUUCGCCUAAAUUAUUCGCCCAUUCCGCGAACCCUAGCCCAACCACAGCAGCUGUUCGAGUUCGACCAUGGCUUCCAAGCGGCUGAAUGCGAAGGAAGACCCACCCGCUCCUUCUUCUUCCGAGGAAGAUGAUGAAAAUUCCUCCGCCGAUGAAGCCUCUUCCGACGAAAUACUGCCGCCACAGGAGGGAAGGAGAACGUUGGCUCACCAUUCACAAGGUCAGCCAAAGAAGCCAGCUGUUCAAAGCUCCGAUUCCGAGUCCGGGGACGACUCCGACGCGGAUUCCGACUCUGAUCCGCCCCCGAAAAGCUCUGGGAUUCUUCACAACGUGAAGCCCAUCGCUUCCAAGCCCCAGCCUAAAGCGCAAGCGAACGCGGCUCAUGCCUCUUCCUCGAAAUCUACGGCGGCGACAAAGAGGGCCAGUGAAACUGAUAGGGAAGCAAAGGACGCCAAGAGGCAGAAAGAGGUGGCGGAGCGCGACAAGGACGACGACGGUAAGAACGAAGAUGUCCCGAGAGUGCCCUUUCAGCGGCUCUGGGGUGAGAACGAUGAGAUCGCGGUGUUGAGUGGGCUGAUCGAGUUCGCUGAGAAGAAAGGAGCAGAUCCCUUGAAGGACAUGGCGGCCUUCUAUGAUUUCAUCAACAAGUCUCUGGCUGUGGAUGUGUCGCUGGCUCAAUUGAAGGAGAAAGUUACCAGAUUUAGGAAGAAAUUUAAGAACCACGCCAAUGGGAAGAAUGGUUUGGACAAGAGUUUUAGCAAAGUUCAUGACCAGAAAUCUUUCGACUUGUCGAAGAAGAUCUGGGAUAGCCAGGGAGAAGGACUUUUAGGUCGAAUUGCUGAUGGUAAGUCGAAUGGAAAAGCAGCGAAGAAGAGCGGUGGAAGUAGCAGUAAAAGUGCUUCCAAGGCUGCUGAUUUGGUUGCAGCGAAUGGACAUGGAAACGCAAAGAGGGUCGGCGGUGGUAGUAGCAGUGGAAAUGCCAAUAGGAAUGCUUCGAAUGCUGCUUUGCGAGCAGGGAUUGGAGGAGCAGAGGCGAGGGAAAUUGAUGGGGGCAAUGAUCAGAAAGAUGGAUUGAGAUUGGAUUGGAGCCCAACUGGUGCUGAAGUUGAGAGCUUUGUGGUGAAGAAUGAAUUGGACAUGGUGGAAGGAUCGAAAAGAAACGAGCUUGCUAGAAGAUGGAAGGAGCACGAUAUUGCAGCUUUGGAGCUCUUUGUUCAGAGGAACGAAUUGAUCAUUGAGAAGGCUCAGUUGAUCCUGGACAGCACCCAAAGCUGAAGAACGAUUAGGAGGAAGCUGGAUUCGGUGAAGGCAGAAUUGCAGCAUCUAACUAGCCCGAGGGGUAACUUUUGUGUGUUUUGUUCUCUUGUGUCUAGGUUUUUAAACUUAUGUGGAUAGGAUGGUAACGAAUGCUUCUUCUUAUGGACAAUCUUUGAUGCCAAGUUACUCCUGAUCGAUCUAUUGCUUGUUGGUUUGAUGGAGAGAUUAGGAGGCUAUAGAAAGGCAUAUUGGCAUCUCUGGUGUUUUUCGUCUGUUUUCUUGCUCAGUUCUUGUGUAGGCUCAGUGUUGAUGCUUUCUAGUGAUAGUUAAGCAUGUGUGAUCUCUUUUCGUUAGUUGAAAUGUCUGGCCUGUUAUCUUUUUUCCAGUUUCUUGAAUGGUGGCUGUGGAUGAUGAUGAACUUGCCGCCGCCUUGAAUCUCUGUUGCUCCAAUUUGAUCGUGUGUCCCAAAAGAUUGCGUACUUGAAUUGGCAUAGAAGAAUGAUUGGAUGGCAGUCUGGUCUUUGUAGUUCAGCUCGCCGUUCUCGCAGUCUGGUGUAGUUCAAUCCUGUUUGGUCGCCUUAGAUUUAGCCUAGAUUUAGUUAUUGAUGUGGUGUUUUAACAUUAAAGUUUACCGAUAAAUCUGUUUGAUAUCA